UUUUCGAAAAGUGUAGAAGUUCUCGUAAAGGAUGAAGCAAAAGCGAUUUUAAGUUAUGUGUAGUAUAAAUAAAACAUAUAUGCCUUUAUAAAGAAUUUAUGAUAUCUUAUUCCUAAUUUAAAAAGUUAUGAAAAAGUAUACUUUCACUGAUAAGUUAUAAUUGAUAGUAAGUGACUCCAAUAGAACUUGGCUUUAGUUUUCGAGGACUCCGUCAAAACAUAUUUAGUGUUACUCAACUUGCUGUUGUUAGGCUCAAAGUAAUAGUAAUACUAAUAGUACUAAGAUUACAGAAUGUGAACCAUCUGUACUACCAGUAACUUAAAAGUAGUAGUACCAUCAGUUUGUUCUUGUGAGACUGGAGAACAAGGAGUAGAGCACUAGAGUAAUCAACAUGGAAGAUUCAAGUGCAGAUAGAAAUGUAGAAGUUUGGAAGGUAAAGAAGCUAAUUAAAUCUCUCGAGGCAGCUAGAGGAAAUGGCACAAGCAUGAUUUCACUUAUUAUCCCACCAAAGGAUCAAAUAUCAAGAGUUUCGAAAAUGUUGGCUGAUGAAUUUGGAACAGCAUCUAAUAUUAAAAGUCGAGUCAACCGGUUGUCAGUCCUUGGUGCUAUCACGUCAGUACAACAAAGAUUAAAGCUGUACAACAAAGUUCCUCCAAACGGUCUUGUAAUUUAUUGUGGGACAAUUGUAACAGAAGAAGGCAAAGAAAAAAAAGUCAACAUUGACUUUGAGCCAUUCAAACCUAUCAACACCUCCUUGUACUUAUGUGACAACAAGUUUCAUACAGAGGCUCUGUCAGCUCUUCUAGCAGAUGAUAAUAAAUUUGGUUUUAUUGUCAUGGAUGGUAAUGGUGCUCUCUUUGGAACUCUUCAAGGAAACACACGAGAUGUUCUCCAUAAAUUCACUGUUGACUUGCCUAAAAAGCAUGGCCGUGGAGGACAGUCAGCACUUCGAUUUGCUAGAUUAAGAAUGGAAAAAAGGCACAACUAUGUACGAAAAGUAGCAGAAGUAGCAACACAGUUGUUCAUCACAAAUGAUAAACCUAAUAUUGCAGGUCUAAUUCUAGCAGGAUCAGCUGACUUUAAAACAGAACUCAGUCAGUCUGACAUGUUUGAUCCUAGACUUCAAGCAAAGGUUUUAAAGCUUGUGGAUGUAUCCUAUGGAGGGGAAAAUGGAUUUAACCAGGCAAUUGAACUUUCUGCAGAAGUACUUGCCAAUGUAAAAUUUAUACAGGAGAAAAAACUAAUUGGGCGUUAUUUUGAUGAAAUAUCUCAAGACACGGGAAAAUAUUGCUUUGGUGUUGAAGAUACACUCAAAGCCCUUGAAAUGGGAUCUGUUGAAAUAUUGAUCUGCUGGGAAAACUUAGAAAUUAAUCGCUUUGUUCUGAAAAAUCACGCAUCUGAGGAGGAGAAGGUACUUCACCUGACACCAGAACAGGAGAAAGAUAAAACACAUUUUGUUGAUAAAGAAACUGGUGUUGAAUUAGAGUUGGUUGAUUCCAUACCCUUGCUUGAAUGGCUAGCCAACAAUUACAAAUCAUUUGGUACCACUUUGGAGAUCAUCACAGACAGAUCUCAGGAAGGAUCACAAUUUGUCAAAGGAUUUGGUGGCAUUGGAGGACUCCUUCGAUACAGAGUAGAUUUCCAAGUUUUAGAUCUUACUGAUGGUUUUGAUGACUUUGACCUUGAUGACCUGUAAGAAGAUUCUGGUCAUGAUGUUGUGAGCCAACAUACUUCAGAAUUCCAAAAACUACUCCCAUUACCCUUACAGAAUGAACUCUGGCCACUGUUUAAUUAGUGUAUGCAACAGAUGGCGCCUUAUUUUUACAGAAGAAUGAGAUGUAUUCUCAUGAGAAGUUUAUUGCCUAGUUUUUGCAGUGAUUGCGGAUUUGUGGUGUUUAGAAUAAAAAACUUAAAAUACUUCCAUUUUUGAGCAGAA